AUGGCUUUCUCCACUCGCUUUCUCUCCAGAUCCACUCGUCAGGUGUAUACUGGGCAUAUGAUCCUGCAACCGGAAAAGGCUAUUUCUGCUCGUUCAUAUGCCAAAGCAGCUGGUUCUGCUCCGCCUGCGCUGAAGGGUGAUGAGAUGUUGAAGGGAAUUUUUCUGGAGGUGAAAAAGAAAUUUGAUACAGCCCUUGGGAUUCUCCGAAAAGAGAAGAUCACCAUAGAUCCUGAUAAUCCUGCUGCUGUGUCUGAAUAUGCCGGAGUCAUGAAGACUGUAAGACAGAAGGCUGAUCUGUUUUCAGAGUCACAGAGGAUCAAAUACACUAUUGAAUCACGAACACAAGGUAUUCCAGAUGCUCGAUCUUAUUUACUGGCAUUGAAGGAGAUAAGGAUCAAGAGGGGCCUUACUGAUGAACUGGGAGCAGAGGCUAUGAUGAUGGAUGCAUUGGAAAAAGUUGAGCAAGAACUAAAGAAACCUCUUAUGAGGAAUGAUAAGAAGGGAAUUGCCCUCCUAAUGACAAAAUUUGAUAAGAUCAACCAAAAGCUUGGCAUACGUAGAGAAGAUCUGCCCAAAUACGAGGAACAGUUGGAACUCAAAAUAGCAAAAGCUCAGCUGGAGGAGCUGAAGAAGGAUGCUUUUGAAGCAAUGGACACUCAGAAGAAGCGGGAGGAGUUCAAGGAUGAAGAAAUGCCUGAUGUGAAGUCAUUAGACAUCCGAAACUUCAUUUGA